UUUCUAGGUAUUAUUAAUGGCAUUUGUUCCCCCGGGCAGAUGGAAAAUGACAGUCUGCAGUCUUCCAUGCUAGAACUUAACAACAGAACUAUAAAUAUAAUAUGGGCCCAGGCAGAUUUCUCCGAACUGUAUAACGUUCUUCAAAAAGUCACAGAAUUGAAAAGGAACAGCGCUGAUGUUGUGUACGUCCAUUCUACCAAUCAUCGCAUCAUAAUGACAAUUUCAAACUUGAAAACCACGCCCACACUUCAUCUGAAUGACGUAGACAAAGAAAGAGUGGAGAGUUUUGUUGCGCCAGAAAAAUAUCCCUAUUCGAAUGAAAUGAAACCAAAGCUUCAUAAUUCCCCAACAGAAACUUGCCUAUCAAUUAGAUUUGGAGAAACCUAUUUUGAUGAGGAAACACUAUCGGUUAUGGUUGCUCGAAUUCUGACGCAUCUGAAUUGGAAAUCCACGAUAACAUUCUUUGAAAAUGCGACUGAGCACAAUGUAGGGAAAAUCUUAGAUAGAGUGAGCGAGAUAGGGGUGAAUCAUAGAACUUACAAUUUUGACAGUUUGAAGGACGCAAAAGAAAUUCGGGGCGUACUUGAUUUAAUUCAUAGUGAAUUCAUUGAAGGAAUGGCUAAUAUUACUCUGAUCUGUCAACUUAACUGUACUCGCCGUGUAUUGAAUGAGGCAAAUAAUUAUGAUAUUCUGCCGCUUAAUUAUCGACGAACGGCCCUUAGAGAUCACACUUUUUGGUUUGUGAUUACGGAGCUUCCAAAUGAUUUGACAGACUUAAUAAAUGCUUCCAGCGUACUUGAUAAUGUAUGCGUGUUAAAUCUCAACGUCACUUCCGCUGAAACCGUAAUGGAUUCUAGUGGAUUAAUUGAUAAGCAGCAAAUGUUUCAUCGACUAGAAAACAUGACAGAGCUUGUAAAAACAACUGGUUCUUCCGACGCAAUUUUGGCACUGAAAAACUACAGUCAGAGUAUAUUUAGUUCAAAAUCUUGCCGAACCUAUCCAGUGUACACACUGAUGUGGAAAGAAGACUCAUACAAUGGUACCUCUUUACUGGUCAGACAGUUAGAAAAUGUGGGAGAAGUAGGAAUCGACGGAAAGUUUAAUUUUCAUUCAAAGAUUUUUCCUAACAUUGACUUUGGAUUCAACAUGCGGAAUUUACUUGUUACAACUGCAUGGUGGCCACCAUUCACUGAAAGAAUCCAAAAGGAUGGUAAAACCGUUGACUAUUUUGGUCUUUGUGCCGAUCUGUUGGAUGAACUUGCCAAUGAAUUAAACUUUACGUACACCUAUACUGAACCUCCAGAUAAUGAAUUCGGGAGAAUUUUUCCAAACAGGAGCUGGAGCGGAAUGAUAGGGCAGCUAGAGAGAAGGGAGGUAGAUUUAAUGGUUGCCGCAGCAUCAAUACAGGGUUCUAGGGAGAACGUCAUGGAUUUCACACAACCGUUUUAUUACGACACAACCACCAUUUUGAUCAAACGGCCAGAUCCAGAUGAAAAUAAGAUGUUUACUUUGGCAAAGCCUUUUAAAAUAGAAGUAAUUAUAUGCAUUUUCUUUGUUCUUCCUGUGUCCGCAUUCCUAUUGUUUAUUAUUGAGACGCUGUCACCAUAUUACAAGAUUCAUGGCCCAGAGGGAAGACAGAACUACCAGAAGUCUUUUUGGUACAUGUUUGGAGCUUUACUCACUCAAGGUGGAGAGAGCCUACCUAAUUCGCAGAGUGGCCGGACAAUGAUAACUUUCUUCUGGUUAUUUUCUAUCAUCAUGGUUGCAACGUACAGUGGAAAUCUUAUUGCUUUCCUAACAGUUACAAUCGAUAAACCGCCUUUUAAUUCCCUAGAAGAAAUGGUUGAGCAGGAUGAAUAUAAAUGGGGAAUUUUAGCUGGAACAUAUUUUGUGACUUGGUUCCAGGAAUCACCUUUUGAAAUUCUUCAAAAGGUAUGGACAGGGAUUAAAACUUUCAACGAAACAGAUCCCGAUGUUUUAAACUCUGAUCCAAACGUUCAUAUAAGUAAAAUGUAUAAGGAAAAAUAUGUUUACAUUGGUGACAAAUCGUUUAUGGAGAUAAGGAAGACAAACAGAUGUGAACUUGUGACGGCGACUGAAGAAAUUCCGAAUAUGUCGUACGCAGUGGGUCUACCUAACAAUUCUUUGUACACCAAAUUAUUUUCAGACAAAAUACUCUCCUUGCAAGAGGGUGGGAUAUUACAGACCUUCAAACGAAAACACUGGCCCCGUGAAGAAUUCUGUCACGGAUCGUUGACGGCGAAGGCAAAGGAAGUACAAUUAAUUGACGUCCAAGCAGCAUUUAUCGUAGUCGGCGCAGGUCUAGUUCUGGGGACUAUAGUGUUAUUCCUAGAAAAAAUUGUCAAACAUUUAUCGACUAAAAUUUGUAUGAAAAAAGAACACAAUCCUUGUAAGCAUAUAAGGACUGUUCCAACAAUGGAGUCAGAACUCGAUAGACCGGAUUUGAAUGGAAUUUCAAGUGGAGUAUUUACAAUUGAUGAAGGGGAUAUUAAUGUACAUAUGAAAAAUAGAGUUCAUCAGACACACAGUUCAGAUGGAUACGGAUAA